UGAUCCUCUUUUUCUCUCCAUCACCGUCUCAAAAUUUAAAUAAAUCCCCGGAAGAGAAGACCAAAACCCCCCAAACCAAACAACAAUGUCUUCUUCAUCUCCAAUCCCACCUCUCUUCCCCUGCACCUGAACGCACUCGAUUCCUCCUGCUCCGCCGCCGCCUCAGGCCACCAAUCCAAACCGAUCAAUCAUGGAAGACCGCCGGAACCUGACUAAACGCGCCGCUGCCGCCGCCGGAUUAGAAAACGGAGGAGAGGAAGGCGAUACGGAGCUGUGGAAAGGGUUCGACCAGAGCUUCCGGCAGGUGCAGACGGUGCUGGAUCGGAACCGGUCGCUGAUACAGCAGGUGAACGAGAACCACCAGUCUCGGAUCCCGGACAACAUGGCGAAGAACGUGGCCCUGAUCCAGGAGCUCAACGGCAACAUUUCCAAGGUCGUCUCGCUCUACUCCGACCUCAACUCCAACUUCUCCACCCUCUUCAACAACCACCGCUCCCCCUCCACUAACGGAGGAUGAACUAAAAGACUUGCUUGGAUUUCCUCCUAACUCCGUAGACCGUAAUAAGGAAUUACUAUGGGGACUGCUUACUUUUCUGUUCAACCCGGUAAAUGAGGUACUUAUGCUUAGUCUGUUGAUAUUCCUUGCUAAUGUUCUGUUUCUGUAUGAUGACCAAUUAAUUAGGUAUGAAGAAGGUGGGCACAUCGUUUUGGAACUUGAUGCUGGGAAAUUAUGUGCUCAGAGGAGAGAGUACUCAAGUUUUAAGUAGUUUAGUGAUUAGCAUUAGUGAAGUGUCUCACCUAUAUUUGCCUGUUCUUCUAAGAGGAACAAGAUGGGGAGGAGAUUCAAAGUUGUUCUUCGGCAAUGAAACAUGAUAAACUUGUGUAAAUGUUACCAGAAUGUCUGUCGUUAACUUAAUAAAAUGCUCCCUUUUUUUUUUCAAAAAUAGAGGAUGCUAAAACAAA